AUGUCCUCAUUCAAGAGUCAGUGUGAAAUCAUCAUCGACAAGCCCGCCCAUGUGGUCUAUGACUUUGUGACCACCGUCUCGAACUGGAUCGGGAUCCACCCAGCCUGUAAGGGAAUUGAGGGCGACGAUGGUCUGGACAAAGAGGCUACUGUCGGCCUCAGAUUCACCGAGACAAUCGAUGUACGUGGCUGGGUCUUCCAAUGUCACUGGGAGGUGCGGAAAAUGGUCAAGGACCAGUACUUCGAGUUCAGUCUGCCCACCGAUUUCAUUCUGCCUCCAGUAUACAACACCAUCAUCACCUACAUCUUCGACCCCAUCGGGGACAAUAAGACGCGCUUUAUUCGAACCAUGAUCAACUGUACCAAUGCCGACGCCACUCCAGAGCAAAAAGCCGACUUUGCCGAUACCGACAUGCACACCGACUAUCUCAAUGCAGUCAAGGCCCGGUUGGAGAUGUCCUGA